GGUCGCCACUCGGCGCUGAUAAUAAACUGCGUCACUCGAAAUCAGGAAAAAAAUUUACAGGCAUGAACCUGGUAAAAAUAUCGGCCAGCGAAUUUUUCCUUUCGUCGACUUUCUGGCUCGCUGCAAAGUCAACCCGACUGGAUCGUGAGGGUCAAACGGAGCGGAGUAUGCUCCAACAGAUGUCCUCGUCGCCCGGCGCGCAGUUCGGCGAGGUCGCGAGUCGCGCGCGCCCCGCCGAAGGUCGCGCGUGCGGCGACGCGUCCUCGGACGCCUCCUCCGACACACCGGAGGAGGUCGACCUGCCGGAGUGCAAAAUAAAAAGAAACUACAACUGCACGAAAUGCACGUUCUACACGCAGAACCCGCGGGCAUUCCUCGUGCACUCGCGGGACGUUCAUUUCGAGAAGCUCAAGAUCUACGACUGCCCGCACUGCGUCUACGCCUCCCGCCACCACCAGAAGCUCACGAGACACAUCAAGAUGGUCCACGAGGCGACCUCCUCCAAGGAGCAGCAGACCCCGACCGCCGGCGUCGUCGUGGAGGCCAGCCCGAGUCGGCCGCAGGAGAAGAUCGAGGACCUGCUGGAGGAGGUGGAGGAGGACGAGGACGCGAUGGACGUGGACGAGUGCGCCGAGGAGUCCAUGGAGAGGAUCGCGGAGGGGGAGCCCUCCGGCGCCGACGACGGCUCCAAGGGCCGGGGGGGCUACUACUCGUGCGGCAAGUGCAACUACGUGACGCACAUCAGGUCGCGGUACACGAAGCACGUGAAGUAUCACUCGAUGCCGAUGAUAAAGUGCACCAUGUGCGAGUUCCGGACGCCCUACAAGUGGAAUCUGGACCGGCACAUGAAGAACCACGGUGGCUCCGGCAGCUUCCACUGCUCCAUGUGCAACUUCACCGCCGACAUCAAGCAGAGCCUCACCGUGCACGAGAUGAACCACCACACGCACCCGGUCGGUCAGGCGACCACUCGGCGCCGGAACCGGGUGGGCGCGAGCGACAUGUCGGCCGACCCCGACGCCCGGGACGCCAGCACGCUCAUCGUCCAGGAGGACGGCAGCGGGGACUCGUCGCAGGGCGCCUCGGACAUGGGUCUUCAGUAUACACAAAACGAUAGGGAAAUGACUGGAUGCCAAAGUGACUCAAAUGAAGCUUCGACGUCUGAAAAUAUGAUAUCAAAAGAUGAUAGCCAACUAUCGCUCGGAUCGAAUGCUAAUUUGGACGACAGCAAGAACCAAAAAGAAAGUAAAAAGGCCCCUAGACCUAUUCCACAACUUAUACCUCUAACAGCUUCAACUCCGAACCAAAAAUCAAGGGAGCCCUCAGGGGAGCCACCUGCUAAAAAGUUUAAGGAAAACCCUGUGCUAGAUUCCUCUACACAGCCGAUCGUCACGAAAAAAACUGACAAUUUACCGAAGGAGGUUAAUUUUACUCAGGCAAGUAGCGCGCCCAAGGACACUGUGAGUCGGAAGAAAAAUGAAUCAUUUUUCGAUCGAUUAAAAGAAAGGUUGUUGACAGAAACUGGUAAAGAUGGAUUAAUAUGUAAGAACUGCGGAUUCGAAAGCAAGUGUUUAUCAGAGCAAUCCGUUCAUGAAAAAACUUGUUUACCGCUAUCGAAUCGAAGCCAGCUAAAUACGUCGGGUUCAAAUUUAGGAUCAACGAGGUGUCAGAAUUGCAGACAUCGGUGCAAAUCUAGCGCCGAUCUAGUAGUACACAUGCAAACAUGUGGAUCGAACCAAAAACCCUCUGCGGAAAUUAAACCAGAGCCACAAAUUCCAGAGGUGAAUGGCGUCACAAAUAGUAGCGGAGAAAAGGACGCUGAGCCACACCCGAUGGAAAACGUAGUUUUCGUUUGGAACAAUAUAACACAAAAUAAAUUUGAAACUCCUCUAGACAUCAGAAUAAACGAUGACUCUACGCUCCCAGAUCACAAAACUUACGAGUCGGAGAUCGUAGAUGACAAUGAAUCUAUGAACUUGUCGCCUAGUCAAGCCACCGGUAGAAAAGUCUUCAAAUGCCCUCACUGUAUGUUCUGGGCUUCCACAGCUUCCAGAUUCCACGUUCAUAUAGUAGGCCAUCUGAAUAAGAAACCUUUCGAGUGCUCCUCUUGCAAAUAUAAAUCCAACUGGAGGUGGGAUAUCACUAAACAUAUUAAAUUAAAAUCAGUUAGAGAUCCUGAGCAUGCCGAAGCCAAAGUGCUCAUGACGGACGAAACGGGCCGACGCAACUACAGCAAAUACAACAGAUUCAUGGCUAUCGCGAUAUGCGAAAAUGAUCAGUACCAAUUCCAUUACUUGGACCAGAAUGCGGCAACAAAUACAGAAAUAGAUGACGAAUCUUUAAACGACGAAAACACUAACUCUCCAUAUUAUGAUAUUCAACCAUUAAACCUACAAACAUUAUCGAUGGACGCCAAGUUCGAAGCCGACAAUAGACUGGACGGAAAAAAACCUAAAAAGACUUUAUGGAAAUGCAAAAAAUGUAAUUACAAGGAUACAUCGCGCGAGGCACUUCUUGAACACGUAAAGGAGCAUUCCAAGCCGGAGGAACCAGAAGACAAGAAUAAGAAACUGGAGAACGUUGUAGACCCAGCAGAUUUAGCGUACAGAUGCGGACAUUGCAAUCAAUUGUCGAAUUGGAAGCACGUUAUUCAGAGACACUGUCGACUGAAGCACGACGGGAUUAUCAAAGUGAUUACAACAGUGAAGGCGAAACCGGAUCCGAAUGCUGCACCCAGUGAGCCCAACGUCGAGUCAUGUAUCAAAUGUCCAUUCAAAUCGAGCGACAAAAACUUAAUACUCAUGCACCAACGCCAACACCAACCCUCGCCGCAUUCCAUGUUCAAAUGCAGCCUGUGCCCGUUUUUCGUCAAGGACGAGGUCGAGCUGGCGCAGCACUUAACUUUACACGGCGUAACCGAACCGGAGGAAUUCAACGUUUCCAAGGAAUUCAAUAUGUUCAAGGCCGCCUCCGAGUCCCCGGCGCCCGAGCAAAUGACCCCCGUGAGUGUCACACCGGGGACGAAACGACACAAGUGUAACGAGUGCCCCUAUGAAACGAACAGUAAGUCGCAGUACAUGUACCAUGAACAGUUUCAUCGUAUAUCUGCCGAUACCCCGUACAAGUGUCCCGAAUGCAAUUAUAGCGUUUCCAAGAGACACUUGUUGCACCAACAUAUGAGAGUUCACGGGAUAGUUUGCAAAAAAUUCGACACAGAGGCGGAAGUCGGCUCCCCGUACCCACCCCCGUACCGACCGGAGAUCGAGGACAACGACGAAUCUUAUUCCAAUCUAGACGACAUUCCUUACGUCUGGGUAUCUGCGAAGAACGAGUUCCACAAAAUGUUCAAGUGCCGCUACUGCUCCUACGUUAAUUCUCAGAAAAGCAAAAUCCCCAAUCACGAGGACAUACAUUGCAUCAAACUCGCCAACAACGAUGUAACUUUUUACAAGUGUCUUGAAUGCAAAUAUACCUGCGACGGCAAGAGCAAGCUCACCGAGCACUCGAAGUCGCACGGUGAGAUAUACGGCCGCAUCUACUGCCCCGUAGACCUCGACGUGCCGGACGAAGAGCAGAUCGCCAAGUUGAGAGAAGUGAUCGAGAAAGGCGGUGAAGCUGCCGACGUUGACGACAACCAGAAGGACGGCUACGGUAAUGACCGAGUCCUGUUCUUCUGCCAGAGGUGUCCCGCCAGGUUCUUCGAUAAACUAGAGUUGCAGAGGCACGACAAACUUCAUAAUUUCAAUUUAAGUUACGCCUACAAAUGCAAGAGUUGCGAGUUUUCAGUUCCAAAGGAGAGCGCUUUGAAUUGUCAUAACUUCGUGCACACAGACGAGUACAACACUAAGUCUAAGAUGCUCAAAUCCAUGCACAGAAUACAUCCCAUGCACCCGGAUCCUCAGCUUCAGGUCGUUCACUGCCCGCUCACGUCCGGUAUAAUAUGGGUCACCGCCAAUCCAGAUAAGAAAAACGAGAGUCACGCGAAAAAACCAGAGGCAAGAAAUCCUCCUAAACAAUAUAAUUGCAAGGAAUGCCCUGCGAAAUUCUUUAAAAAUUCUGCCCUCAGCUACCACAUGGGGUUACACGGGGGCGACGGUGAAUUCAAAUGCAAAUCGUGUUCCUAUGCCGUAAAAAAUAUAGGAAACCUAGCGAAACACGAGUUGUUGCAUGAUAUAGCCAACAAGCCCCAACAAAAUGCUGACGGUUAUGAUUCAGGGGACGACGUUGACUACAAAAUACCGCUCUCCGGCACGGAUUUAUUUCAGAGAAAGACUGAAGCCCAAAAAAGAGUUUUGACUGACAAAGAUAAAUUGGUAAAGCCGAAUGACCAUUUUCCGCCGGUUUUGCAAGCCGAUCCGCAAUUCGGAUAUCUCAUGCACGGUAAUCCUGAAUUUAUUUACCCGACAUACUUGAAGAACGGCCGACAAAAAGAAAAAAGGUACAAAUGCCACAAAUGCCCAUCGGCAUUCGAAAAGAGAGAGCAGUACAAAAUCCACCUCUCUCUACAUGGAUCAAAGCAGAGAUAUAAGUGUGAGUUGUGCGACUACUCCGUCAAAUAUUAUGCUAAUUACGUGCAACAUAUGAGAAAACAUCAAAUGAACGAUGAAGCUCAAGCGGAACGUAAAAAAAUUAUCAAUGGAUACUCUGAAGCGGAAGCUGAAAAUCAAGACGCUAAACAGGAAGACGACAGCGACAAUAUCAAACUAGCAAUAAAAACAAUGCCAAAAAGACCACCGAAAACAGAUUUUCAACAAUUCUCAAUAAGUGAUCAACAAACGCUACGCCUGCUACAGCGGAGGCGCUCAAUAGAGAACUCCAUGAAAGAAAAUACAGACACUUCUCCUGCCAAGGAGCGUAAACUCCACAUGUGCUUGCUGUGUCCUUAUACCAAUCAGCGUCAAGAUGCCCUAUGUAAUCACUCUAGACGACACGACGAAAAUGAUAUCAGUAGAGCCGUCGGAAACCAAAAAUGUUGCUACUGUAAUUUAGUCGUAGUGCAAUCUCAUUUUCUUCGGGAACAUCUCAAAACGCAUUUCAUGUACCAAAAACAUUUGAAUCCCGAAUGUUACAUUGCCAAUCAGAAUGUUAGUUUCACUAUAAAGAAAAUUGCAGCUGAGGACGAAAAACCCUCUGCUGAUGUCGUGACUGAUCUCAAGUUGGAUAUAAAAGAUGUCGAAGAAGUCACAAAUGAUGAAAAAAUAUUUGUAAAGCUAGCGACAGGUGAAUUGUGGGAACCUGAAGCGUCAUAACCUAAUCAGGUAUAGAGUUUAAUACACAUCAAUAUCCACGUUUCAAAUCCAGCAAAUGUGCUUGAGCACGGAAAACAUAACUCUGGUUUAAUUUUUAUAACAAUUUACAAUACAGUUAACUUUAAAAUAGCUGCCGUGUGUUCGAUUUAAUUGGGAGUAGUCCAAGGUUCUAUUUUCAGUGCUCUGAAUUUUCUUCCAGAUUCCGUAUCAAUUAUUAUUUAUUAUCAUACAAACU